CUUGGACGUCUGCUUCAGGGAGGCCUCUCCUGCCCACCCUGCCUAAGCCAUAUCUGCAGCAACAAAACGAUGUUCCCAGAUGCUUCUCCGGGCUGGUGUGAGCUGCAGUCCUCUCAAGUUAACUUGCGUGUGGCAGUGCCUUCUUGAACUUAGUCUUAAAAAUGAAUCCAGUUGUUUUGCAGCCAACAUAUGGCGCAGGAGGUGUGACAGUUAGUGACUGGCAAACCAGCGUGUUUGACUGCUGUGAUGACAUGGGGAUUUGCCUCUGUGGGACUUUCUUUCCCCUGUGCCUUUCGUGUCAGAUUGCCUCUGACAUGAACGAAUGCUGCCUGUGUGGAGCAAGUGUCGCCAUGAGGACCAUGUAUCGGACCCGAUACGGCAUCUCGGGGUCUAUUUGUAAUGAUUUCCUGUGGCUGGCAUGUUUCCCUAAUUGCACCCUUUGUCAACUCAAGCGAGAUAUUGAAAAAAGAAAAGCAAUGAAUGCUUUGUAAAAGAUGCUUGAUCUCUCUGCUCACUCCCGCAUCUCUACUAAUUAGAAACAAAACAAAAACAAAGCAGCAGAAAUUUCUUAUGAGACUCCCGCAUGAGCGAUUUCCUUGGAGUGGAAGCGUUUUCUUGGGGAGCUCGGGCACGGGCCAGCCACACUAUGAAAUUGGAGGGAGCGCCCGGCUCUAGGAGCACCCACAGUGAUGGCCUCGGCUCAGCCAAUGUCCCCCGAGUGUGCUCUGUGCACAGCCCGGCCCUGGACACGAGGAUGGACACCAGGGCGUGGCAUCCGCUCUCAGGAGCUCAGAGGGGAGCCCAGCCUGGUCAUCCCUGCCUCGGC